AUGUCUUCUGGUUCUCACGCAGCCACCAUACAGGAAUCUAUAAAACAUGGACUUACAUCAGCUGGUGCUGGUGUCGCGGACGGACACGGAGCCCCCAGCCCGGCCCGCAGCCGCCUUGUCAUGCUACCCAAAGUGGAAACGGAGGCUCUGGGACUCGCCCGGUCGAAUGGGGAACAGGGGCAGAUGCCGGAAAACAUGCAAGUGUCUCAGUUUAAAAUGGUGAAUUACUCUUAUGAUGAAGACCUUGAAGAGCUGUGUCCAGUCUGUGGAGACAAAGUGUCUGGGUACCAUUAUGGACUUCUCACCUGUGAAAGCUGCAAGGGAUUCUUUAAGCGAACAGUCCAGAAUAACAAAAGGUACACAUGUAUAGAAAAUCAGAAUUGCCAGAUUGACAAAACACAGCGAAAACGAUGUCCUUACUGUCGAUUUCAAAAAUGUCUAAGUGUUGGAAUGAAAUUGGAAGCUGUGCGAGCUGACCGAAUGCGUGGCGGUCGAAACAAGUUUGGACCAAUGUACAAGAGAGACAGGGCAUUGAAGCAGCAGAAGAAAGCUCUUAUCCGAGCCAAUGGACUGAAACUGGAAGCCAUGACUCAGGUGAUCCAAGCAAUGCCAACUGACCUGACAAUAUCCUCUGCAAUCCAGAACAUCCAUUCAGCUUCUAAAGGCCUACCUCUGAACCAUACUGCCUUGCCUCCUACAGACUAUGACAGGAGUCCCUUUGUGACCUCUCCCAUCAGCAUGACAAUGCCGCCCCACGGCAGUUUGCAAGGCUACCAAACCUAUGGCCACUUUCCAAGCCGUGCUAUCAAGUCCGAGUACCCUGACCCUUACACCAGCUCACCAGAGUCAAUAAUGGGCUACUCAUACAUGGAUAGUUAUCAAACAAGCUCACCAGCCAGUAUCCCACAUCUGAUAUUGGAACUCCUGAAAUGUGAGCCUGAUGAGCCACAAGUCCAAGCUAAAAUCAUGGCAUAUCUGCAGCAAGAGCAAGCCAACAGAAGCAAACAUGAGAAGCUCAACACAUUCGGGCUUAUGUGUAAAAUGGCUGACCAAACCCUCUUCUCCAUUGUUGAGUGGGCGAGGAGUAGCAUCUUCUUUAGAGAACUUAAGGUUGAUGACCAAAUGAAGUUGCUUCAGAACUGCUGGAGCGAACUCUUAAUUCUGGAUCACAUUUACCGGCAAGUGGUACAUGGGAAAGAAGGCUCCAUCCUUCUGGUUACUGGGCAACAAGUGGAUUAUUCCGUAAUAGCAUCCCAAGCUGGAGCCACCCUCAACAAUCUUAUGAGCCAUGCACAAGAACUGGUAGCAAAGCUUCGUUCUCUGCAGUUUGACCUACGAGAAUUUGUCUGUCUCAAAUUCCUGGUGCUGUUUAGUUUAGAUGUCAAAAACCUCGAGAACUUCCAGCUUGUGGAAGGUGUUCAGGAACAAGUGAAUGCUGCUCUGCUGGACUACACCAUGUGUAAUUAUCCACAGCAAACAGACAAAUUUGGGCAGCUUCUCCUGCGACUACCAGAAAUCCGGGCCAUCAGUAUGCAGGCCGAAGAAUACCUCUACUACAAACACCUGAACGGGGAUGUGCCAUGUAAUAACCUUCUCAUUGAGAUGCUGCAUGCAAAGAGAGCAUAA